AUGGAAGUCGAAAAUCCUUUCUUGGUUUUCCCUAGGGAGAUCAGAGACAUGAUCUACAAGUACACACUGCAGGACAUAAAGUUCACAAACAUUCUCGCUCACAAAACAGCCUACACCGUCGAGGAUGCACCUAUUCUUUACAUCAACGCCGCCAUCGCCAACGAUAUCAAGCAUCUAUUGUACCGAGACCACGAAAUGCUAGUUCACAUCGUCAAAACCCACACCUACGCAGAAGGACGAGAAGGCUUCCUAUCUCACGUUAAGGAAUGUUCAAACCUGAUGAAGCAGCGCUCAUACAGGUUUGUUGCUGAGCUGUGGAGUUCUAAAUGGUCACGGCUCGAUGCUUCAUAUACUGGUUAUGAGGACAUCGAUGAGAUUUUUGGGAAUCGAACGACAGUACCACGAAGCUGGGCGACUGGUAAAAUUCUCGAGAGUGAUGGUGGGUUGCGCUUUUCUAAGAAGUUCUUUCGCGAACUUGGUGCUUUACAACGUGAACUACCGGAUAUCAAAAAGUUUGAAGUCAAUGGCUGGUUUUUGGUGUGGUUGAAUAUUGGAGGACACUGGAAAAAGCCGUAUAAAAGGUGUAUCAAAAAAGGAAUGGAUAUUGAUAUCAAGAUGGCCGAGUAG